GAUGCAGCCAUGCCAGUUCCCAUCCAUGGCCUAUGACUGUGGACUAUUGCAUGGUUCUUGACACUGGGGUGAUGCUCAGCAGCCUUGUCACCCUCUCGUCCAGCCAGUCCCCAAGGACAGCCCAGAAGCCUUGCCACUGUGACAAUCGGCAUCAUGCCUUGUUUCCCACUCCAUCUCCAUCCUCACGUUCGUGGUGGCUGUCCUCUCUUCCAGGAGGAAUCUGCAUGUGUGGAGACAACUGCAAAUGCACAACCUGCAACUGUAAAACAUGUCGGAAGAGCUGCUGUCCCUGCUGCCCGCCAGGCUGUGCCAAGUGUGCCAGGGGCUGCAUCUGCAAAGGAGGCUCAGACAAGUGCAGCUGCUGCCCAUGAAACCCAUCCAUCGUGCCCACCUCUUCCCAGGAGAGAAACCUGGGAAGUGUCUGUACAGUGCAUGAAUCGAGAAGGUGGAAUAAUUGUACAAUAGGUUGUGCUUUUUAUAUAUUUGCCCAAAUGUGGUGUUGGUCACAUUCAUGUAAAG